GUUGGUGCUGUGAGGAUGUGGUGGUUCCCGGGUGUCCUCUCAGAGCAGUGGCUGCUCUCUGUCACACUGCUGCUGGCCUGGCUGCUGUUCUGGCUCAGAAAGAAAGAAAAAGGUGGCGAUGACCUCCCAGCAUCUGAAUGUGAAAGCAAGACGACCUCGAGCUCUGGUCCACCGGGGGAUGCUGACAGCUCCAGCUCCAGCUCCAGUUCCAGGACCAGGACCAGGACCAUGGCACAACCGGCUUCCACCGACCCCACCAAGAUGGGAGAGGGCCGGGCGAUCGCCGUGCUGACCUCGGGAGGCGAUGCCCAGGGUAUGAAUGCAGCUGUGAGGGCCACAGUUCGAGUGGGGAUUUACACUGGAGCCAAGGUGUAUUUCGUCCAUGAGGGUUACCAGGGUCUGGUGGACGGAGGAGACCAUAUCCGCCUUGCUACUUGGGAGAGUGUGUCAAUGAUGUUGCAGCUGGGUGGGACUGUGAUUGGAAGUGCCCGCUGUCAGGAUUUCCGCACCAAGGAGGGACGCACCAAAGCCGCCUGUAACUUGGUCAAGUUGGGCAUCACCAACCUAUGUGUGAUCGGUGGCGAUGGCAGUCUGACGGGCGCCGACCAGUUCAGAAAAGAGUGGAGUGAGCUGCUGGUGGACCUAGUCAAAACUGGUAAGAUCACGUCAGCCGAGGCCAAGGGUUCCUCCCAUCUCAACAUCGUCGGCAUGGUGGGCUCCAUUGACAACGACUUCUGCGGCACCGACAUGACCAUCGGCACGGACUCCGCCCUGCACCGCAUCAUAGAGAUAGUGGACGCCAUCACCACCACAGCACAGAGUCACCAGAGGACCUUCAUCCUGGAGGUAAUGGGUCGGCACUGUGGUUACCUGGCGUUGGUGACGGCUCUGGCCUGCGGCGCUGACUGGGUGUUCAUCCCAGAGAUGCCCCCAGAUGUGGAAUGGGAGGAGCAUCUGUGCAGAAGACUGAAAGAUCAAAGAAGCCGCGGCUCCCGUUUGAAUAUUAUCAUCGUUGCAGAGGGAGCGAUGGACCGCAGCGGGAAAGCUAUCACAUGUGACGACGUCAAACAGCUGGUAUCAACGAAGCUAGGCUUUGACACCCGCACCACCAUCUUGGGCCACGUGCAGAGAGGAGGAACCCCCUCUGCCUUUGACAGAAUCCUGGGCAGCAGGAUGGGUGUGGAGGCCGUGAUGGCUCUGCUGGAGGCGACUCCAGACACUCCCGCAUGUGUGGUCAGCCUGUCUGGGAACAUGGCCGUCAGGCUGCCGCUCAUGGAGUGCGUGCAAGUGACUAAAGAUGUCACCACGGCCAUGAGUGAGGGGAGGUUUGAAGACGCGGUGAAGCUCAGGGGAAAGAGCUUUGAGAACAACUGGAACACUUACAAAAUGCUGGCUCAUCUGCACCCCCCAGACACAAAGAGUAAUAUCAACAUUGCCUUAUUGAACGUGGGAGCUCCGUGUGCCGGAAUGAAUGCUACAGUUCGUGCUGCUGUCAGGACCGGGCUCCUCCAGGGCCACACGAUGCUGGGGGUGCACGACGGUUUCGAUGGCUUGGCUCAUGGAAUGAUUGAGCCUAUUGCUUGGUCCGGAGUGGCAGGAUGGGUUGGAAAGGGGGGCUCCCUGCUGGGCACAAAGAGGUCCCUGCCACUUGACUUCAUGGAGGAGAUCAGUCUGAGCAUCGCAAAGCACAACAUUCAUGCUGUAGUCAUUAUUGGAGGCUUUGAGGCAUUUGUUGGGGGUCUGCAGAUGGUGCAGGCUCGAGAGAAGUAUGAGGAACUUUGUCUUCCCAUUGUCGUUAUUCCUGCUACCGUCUCCAACAAUGUUCCUGGAUCUGACUUCAGUGUUGGCACUGACACUGCACUUAACACUAUUACCAUGACGUGCGACAGGAUCAAACAAUCGGCUGCCGGCACCAAGAGAAGAGUGUUCAUUGUUGAGACUAUGGGAGGAUACUGCGGCUACCUGGCAACUAUGUCUGGCUUGGCAUCUGGAGCUGACGCUGCUUACAUUUACGAGGAGCAUUUCAACAUUCAUGACCUUGAGAUGAACGUGGAACAUCUGGUGGAGAAGAUGAAGACCACGGUGAAGAGAGGGCUGAUUCUCAGAAAUGAGAAAUGCAAUGCCAACUACACCACAGACUUUAUCUUCAACCUGUACACAGAGGAGGGCAAGGGUGUGUUUGACUGCAGGAAGAACGUACUUGGACACAUGCAGCAGGGUGGAACCCCCAGCCCCUUCGACAGGAAUUUUGGCACCAAGAUGGGGAUCAAGUCUGUGUUAUGGUUGACUGACAAGCUGAAGGAAUGCUACAGACAUGGUCGUAUCUUUGCCAACUCUCCAGAUUCAGCCUGCGUGCUGGGCAUGAGGAAGAGAUCUUUGGUCUUCCAGCCUCUGGCAGAACUUAAGGAUCACACUGACUUUGAACAUCGUAUUCCAAAGGUACAGUGGUGGCUAAAGAUGAGACCCAUCCUGAAAAUCCUGGCUCAUUACAAGAUCGAUCUGGACACCACUGAAAAGACGACGAUGGAACACGUCAUCAAGAAGAGAACCGUAAUUGCUUAGUAGCCUUUCUGUGUCUGACCGUCCUCUGUUAAAAAGCACUUUGUAAACUCUAUCUCUGAAAAGUGCAAUAUAAAUAAAAAUAAUUAUAUCACCAAAACACAC